AUGUUUGUAUAUAAUUUCAAAAGAAUAAACAGAGAAGUUAUUUUAGCUUUACUUUUGUUGGACGAAGAAGAAGAGGAAGAUCGUGAAGAACCACCAAGAAAUUGCUGGGUGCAACCGUGGCUUGGGAAUAGAGAGUGUCUUGGCGCUUUUCAUACAAUCUUCAACGAAAUAAAAAACGAUGAGAAGAAAUGUAGAGGGUAUAUACGUAUGAAUAACGCUCAAUUCGAAUACCUAGUCGGUCUUCUUUCUGAGGAUUUGCAGAAACAAGAUACAAAUAUGAGGAAUUCUAUCACACCAGCUGAGCUCGUUUGCGUGGCCCUACGUUACUUAGCGACUGGUGAGACUUUCAGGUCUUUAGAAUUUCAAUUCAGAGUGUCAAGAAAAAGAAUUUCAGCAGCUGUUAUGGAGGUAUCUGAAGCUAUCAUAAAGAGGUUGGGUCCAACCUUCCUUUCAACUCCGAAAACACAGGGGGAAUGGCUAGAUAUCUCCAGAAAGUUCAAUGAGCGUUGGAACUUCCCAAAUGGAUUAGGUGCUCUCGAUGGGAAGCAUAUCGUCAUUCAGCAGCCCCCAAAUUCAGGGUCUCAUUACCGAAACUAUAAAGGGACAGACAGUGUAGUGCUCAUGGCUCUUGUCGGGCCAGAAUAUGAGUUUCUUUAUGUGGAAGUUGGAGCGAACGGUAGAAAUUCUGAUGGAGGUAUAUGGGACCAAUGUAAUUUAAAGAAGGCGCUAGACAGUGGAUCGCUAAAUUUACCAGAGGUUUGCAAUUUACCAGGUCGAAACAACAAAGUGCCGUAUGUGAUAACAGGAGAUGAUGCGUUUCCUCUUAAGAAUUACCUGAUGAAGCCUUAUCCACAAAAAAAUCUGACAGUAAACAAACGCAUCUUCAAUUAUCGACUGUCACGAAAGAGAAGAAUUUCUGAAAACGGAUUUGGGAUAUUGGCAAAUCGGUGGCGCAUUUUUCGUCGACCUAUAAACUUAGAACCAGAAAAGGUUUCUACCAUCACAAUGGCAACAGUGGCAUUGCAUAACUGGCAGAGGAGCAAAAGUUCUGUGGGCAAAAUUGAGCUACCAAUUGGUCUUGUCGACCGAGAGAAUGAGCGUGGUGAAAUUAUCGAAGGUGCUUGGAGAGAAGAUACUCCUACUGGCACAUGGUUUUCACUGUCCAAUGACAUUUACGGCAAUCGAUCUAGUAAUCAAGCCAAAGCAAUAAGAGACGAGUUCACGGAGUAUUUCGUAAUGGAAGGUGCUGUACGCUGGCAGUGGCAUUGCGCUAGAGUUGACAUUUAA